AUGCCAUGUAAACAAGAAGAACCAGUUAAAUACAGAAGAUUAAAAGCUAGACGCAAAGCUGCUACUAAAUGGUAUAGAGAUAAUCCAGGUUAUAUACAACAACCUCGACAACAACCAGCAACACCCUCAGCAACAACUCCAGCAAUAGCAAGUUUGGAAUCAGUAUCAGCAUCUGGUGGCUCUCAAUCUUUUAUUUCAACAACACUUGCUGAAUUCUUUAAUGAAUCAACUUCUUUUGAUCUAUUACCAAACUUGCAAAGAAGAGAAUCUAAUAGAAUUAGACAACAAGAGUAUCAACAACAAUUAACCCCAUAG